UGAAUGCAGCCUGUCCUCCACUGUUCAGAACUCCUCUCAUGUUCCUCCAUCAUAAAGCCUGACUGGACCGGACCGGACCGGACCGGACUUCCUGCACAGCUGCUGUCAUGCUGCGUGAGAAGUCAGCUGCACUGAUGUCUCAGCUGUGGGUUCGAGUCCGGCGUGAGAGUCUGAUUCUGGAGCAGGUUUGGAGGUGUGCCGGUCCACUGGUUCUGGAGGAGUUUGGGUCUGUGGAUUCUCAGGCUCUUGUUUGUUUGCAGCUGCAGCUCAGAUCGGGAUCAUUAUCGAUCUGAACCCACGUGGUUCUGAUGGUUCUGGCUCGGGAGGACCCACCUCCAGGCAGAGACUCCUCCUCCUCCUCUGACGCGCUGCGCUCUCUCAGCUCGUCUCAGCCUCGUUCCGAUGAUUACAAACAGUUUGCGCCACUUUCCCACCGAACUCUCAAUGGGACCCGACGACUGAAGCCGACCUGCUGCAUCUCUUCAGCCCCGGAGGAGCCGCAGACAUGGACCGCUGCGCGUUUGGUUCUGGGUUUUUACGCAUCGCCUUGAUUUGGGUCGUGCAGUUUGGAGCGUUUGCGCAAAAUGAGAAACAUCUGCUGAAUGUCGUCCCUCUCGUCCUCUCAGCUCCAGAGUGUUACCCAGGAGGCCACCGGACUCUGCGUAGUCCCUAUCGCAGCGUGGACUUCGACUCCACGGAGAUCCAGAACACGGCCAUCCAGGACCUGAUCUGCGACCACUCGCUGUCGCCGGGCUGGUACAGGUUCUGGAUCAACAACAAGCCGGCGGAGAUGCCGACCACCUGCGUUGAGAUGAACCGCUGUGGUACUCAGGCUCCGGUGUGGCUCUCGCUGAAGGACGCCUCCCUGCCGCGGCCCGGCGAGGUCCGCCAGCUCUCGGCCUGCGCCACCUGGCAGUUCUUCCACGGCAGCGCCAAGGACUGCUGCCUCUUCAGGAUCCCCGUCACCGUGCGGCACUGCGGCGACUUCCUGGUCUACUACCUGCAGCCCACGCAGGGGUGCAUGGGAUACUGCGCUAAAGCUGCUGCAGAUUUGGGACCCAGACUCUGUCCGCCAGGCGAGGUGGAAGUCAACGGGCGGUGCAAAGCUGCCGUCCCGUCCCUGCCGUCCCGACCAGUGAUCACGCCGGAGCUCAUCGGCCAAAGCGUCCACCUGAGGUGCUCCUUCAUCCCGCCGCCGUGGAGCCAGACGCUGGGCUUCCAGGUGGUUUGGGCCAGACACAUCGGCCACAGCAUGAAGGCCGAGAUCAAGCAGGAAUCCACGCUGAAGCCCUUCUCUCUGGUGGAGAUGGACGGUCUUCACUUCAGGCUCGGAGAGACGUUCUCCUGCAGCGUGUCGACUUUCAGAGUCAACUCCAGCCACAGCAGAUCUCCUCCGAAAGAGAGCGAGAGUUUCUACGCUGGACUGAAGUUUUCUCCGGACUCGCUCCACAUAGCCGAGAACGGUGAGCAGCACCAGGUGACCGUCCACAGCACGGUGCCCGUCCCCUGCUACCACCCCGACCAGGGCCACCGGUGUGGAGUCGCUCUGGCUCUGAGCGUCCACGACCCAGACAGUCUUGGACACGAGGCCUCUAACGUGGCGCUGUCCGCCUGCCAGGUGGAGCUGCAGCCUCGUGCCUGCGGUGACGGCAGCUGCGGCCGGGCGGCGUUUUUUGUCACAGCCGUCACCGAUUUCACACGAGACGGGAACCGGCCGAGUCUGAUCGGUGUUUUGCCGGGACACAGCGCACCAAGACUCUGGAGAAACUACAUCCCAACGUCCCUGAAAGUCACAGUCCAGGACGUUCCCACUUCCAUCUGCUACUCUCUGACUGACCCACAUGUGAUCACCCUGGACGGCAGGCGGUAUGAAAACCACCAGACGGGCACCUUCGUCCUUUACCGGAGCCUGGUCCGGGACUUCGAGGUCCACUCUCGGCAGUGGGACUGCGGCAGCCGACACUACGCCGUCGCCUGCAACUGUGGUGUUGCGGUGCGAGAGGGAAACGACGUUGCUGUUUUCGACAUGUGCGACGGUCAGCCGCAGGAAACCAGGCCGCAGCUUACCCUGAAGAACGCAGGUGACAGGGAGGGCAGUCGGGUCAGAGUUCUGGAGUCCCACCAGGGGAAGAAGGUCACCUUGAUCUUUCCCUCCGGGGCCUUUGUUAGGGCGGAUGUUGGCGAUUGGGGGAUGAGUUUGUCCGUCCGUGCGCCCAGCGUUGACUUCAGCCACACACAAGGCCUCUGCGGCACUUUCGACCGCAAUGGAAACAACGACUUCCUCGGCUCUGACGGAGUCUCCUUCGCACCCGAUGACCUGCACCGCUUCAUAGAGGCCUGGAGGAUAGCUCCAGGUGAGAGUUUAUUUGACAAGACACCUCCUGGGACGGCGGAGGAGUUCAGGAGGCCUUUCUGUCAGUGCCAGAAAGGAUACAGCACUUCUCAUCACAGCGGCAGAGGGUUGAGGGACUCUUACAAUCCUUCCGCUCACUCCGACUGCAUAGCAUACAAUAAUGUGGAUUACACAUCCGUGUUCCCCUUCAUGGAUACAACAGUGGAAUACAUCAAGAGUCCAGAGACAGAGGAAAGCAUCCUGGAUAUGUCUGACUUUAACAGUCAUCCUCUGGAGAGGAGGCACCUUCAGCUCCACAGCGAGAACAAUAAAAACAGUGAACUGGACGGUGAGUUCCAGGAGGAUCUUCUGCUGUCUGUUGACAGGACAAAGAGACAGACGUUGUUUGAAUUCCAGCCCGUCUUUGCUGCUCAGAGCCUCAGCCAGGCCGAUCUGGAGAGCCUUGCCUACUUCUUCCCCGAGGAUCAUUUGGCGGAAGCCCGUCCGGAGGUGCAACCUCAGUGGCCCACGCCAAGUGGCCUCACCUCGGCCAAAGCUCUGGAGGUCUGCCAGAUAGCUCUGGCCAACUCCACCGUUGGUGCAGUGUGUCGAGGGCUGCUGGGACGCCGCCUGGACGAGGCGGUGGAUCUCUGCAUUUUGGACCUUCAGCUCAAAGACGACCUGGGCUGGGAGGAGGCGCUGCUGCCGUACCUGGAGAACGAGUGUGAGAGGAGGCUGUUGGAAAACCGGACCCAGAGAGCGCUGGAGGUGGGUGGGCAGCAGGGAGCAUCCAGGGAGGUGGUGACAGCGCUGCGCUGUCCCAACUUCUGCAACGGGAAUGGAGAGUGCACAGAGUGGGGCUGCCAGUGCUAUCCCAGCUACAGCUUCUACGACUGCAGCCUGGCCAUCAGCCAGCCAGUCGAGAUAACAGACUUGGAGAACGGUGGACUGUGCGACAUUCGAGCCUUCAACUGUCGCAGCAUUCGAGUCUUCGGCCUCGGCUUCAUCGACUCCUCCGACCUCAGCUGCUACGCCACCAGACUGAAGUUCAUGAACGGAGUUUGGGUUCCAGGGGAGAAACAGAGAACUAAAGCCACCUUCCUCAGCUCGAAGGCUCUGGACUGUGCUGUUCCCUCCCUCAGCAACACCGCCGUCAACACAGAAGACUUCAUGAUGGACGACAAACCGUAUGCACGCUGGGAGAUCAAGGUAACUAACGAUGGCUCCCAGUACAGCCAAGCCAAGGUGCUGACCAUCUACGAUGGCGUUUGCCAGGUCUGCGAGGCGUCGCGCUCAGGACUCUGUAAGUUAAAGGAGAGGACGUGUAACAUCGACGGGAUGUGUUUCACAGAGGGAGACUCCAAUCCCAGCAGCCCCUGCCUGCUCUGUGACCCGGACACCUCCAGAUUCAUCUGGUCUGUCAACCAAGUCAACGAGCCGCCGGCCUUCCACCGGCCGCAGAGCGACCUGCGGACGUUUGCCGGGGAGAACUUCGUCUUCCAGUUUGCCGCAUCAGACCCGGAGGGUUCAGCACUCCUCUUCCAGCUGGAGGAGGGCCCAGAGGAGGCCGUCCUCUCCCCUGCAGGCCUCCUCAUCUGGAGGGUCCCAUCGCUCCCUGAGGAGGGACGACACUCGAGACGCUCCUUCCGCUUCAUGCUGUCGGACGAGUGCAACGCCCAGAGCGCCGUCACCGUGGAGAUCGAUGUGGUGCCAUGUGGGUGUCAGCAUGGAGGUUCAUGUGUCACCGACGUCAACUUCCCUGCUGGCAGUGGGAAGUACCUGUGUGUCUGUCCUGAGGGGAAGCAGGGCGACUUCUGCGACGAGGACGUGGACGAGUGUCUGUCGGCUCCGUGCUCAGUCGGAAGGUGCAUCAACACGGCCAGCGGGUACAGGUGCGAGUGUCCUGCGGGGCUGAGAGGUAUAACGUGCCUGGAAGAUAUCAACGAGUGUGAGAGAAAGCCGUGCUUCCAGGGAGUCCAGUGCUUCAACAGCUUUGGCUCUUACGGCUGCGGCCCGUGCCCUAAAGGCAUGAUGGGAAAUGGGACGGCAUGUACAGCAGUCAUCAGGCCAGUCCCCAUCGCUCCCACAUCUGCUGCUCGUACAACCGUCUACAAGAUACCAGAUGUUCUGCUGCUGCCACCCAAAAUGAAGCCAGACACUUUCCGGAGGACCUCAAGUGGUAGUUCCCCGCAGACGAGGGCUGAGGUGGGGAAGCCGAUUCUGAGGAUCGAUCCAAUCCAAUUAAGACCUAAAACCACCACUUCGAGGAGGAUUCCAGGAAUAAGCCAGAGCCCAGUGAUCUUCACAACGGAAACUAACAGCAGCAUCGCAGCAGUUACACCAAUUGUUUCCCAAGCAAAGACCGAUGUUUUCAGACUGAACCAUGGAAUCAAACCUGAUCAAUCCACAGGUGCUUUCAGGAACAUCUCAGGAGUGAGACGGGACCAAGUCAGGCCUGAUCCACCGAAAAUCAGCGACACUAUCGCCAAGACAUCCACAGUAACCCAGACUGUAGGAGACGGCAAACCAGCUCCAGGAUCUGGUCAGGCUUUGGCGGUGAAUGUCUCGGCGACAUGUGCCAGCAGACCCUGUUUCCCCGGGGUUCAAUGCAUCAACCGCAGGCCGCCACAUGUGGGUUACGUCUGUGGACGCUGCCCACCUGGCCUGUAUGGCAACGGACGCGUCUGCAUGAAGAACGCCAAAGCAGCAUCCAAUCACCUUCCUCAGCAGCAGACGGUCGUUAAAACCAGCCGAGUCGCUCACGGAAGCAGCAGCAAAGUCUCCCAGCUGCACCUGCCCAACCUUCCCACCAGGCACGGCGUCAAACACCUGUCCCCGUCCGUCACCAGAGCCAACCGGGACAGUACGCCACAGCAGGUUCCCGCCUCAGGCAGGGGAGGCGGCACAGGGAGGAGAGAGGCCGUCACUGCGUCCAGGGAUUUUCCAAGAACGUCAAUCAGUGCAAAUACUUACGUCACCCGCCAAAAUGUAAACCUCAGGACGUACGCCAGAUCCAGCACGACGUUCUCCAGAGAGCUCACAGUUCCCCACGUGACGGUCUACAAGCAGUCUGAAGGAGCGUCAGCUUCCAGAGUAACACCGUCCAGUCCUCACCUCUCCACUCCGUCUGACAAACAGGCGACGCAGCCACAGCUUCGCCACCUGGCAUCCACUCAGUCCAAACCCUGGACCCGUCCGAGACCGGCCCUCCCUCUGACAGCCGCCCUGACCGCUCUGUCCUACUCGCUGUCGGAGUCAGAGUUCUCUGCGGAUGGCGACGAGACUGAGUCUGGAUCUGAACAGGCAGUCCCAGCUUUGACCUUCACAACGCCUGGAAAGACUGUCUACAGCAGCGGCCCGCUGCAAAGAACCACGUCCCUCCAGCCGGUGGACAGAACGACGGCGCGUGAGACGACCUGCGCCGACCGGCCGUGUUUUCCUGGUGUCCUGUGUGAGCCAGCGAUGGAUGGUGGCUACCGCUGCGGGAGGUGUCCAGUAGGAUACACUGGAGACGGACGAGCAUGUCGAGCCGUCUGCAGACACACAUGUGGCAGGAACAUGGAGUGUGCUGCGCCCAACACAUGCCGCUGCAAACCAGGAUACACUGGAAUCGACUGUCUGACAGCAAUCUGUGAACCAAACUGUAUGAACGGCGGCGUUUGCAUCGCUCCGGGUGUUUGUCAGUGUCUCAAAGGUUUUCAUGGAGAAACCUGCCAGGAAGCUCUGUGCAGGUCACCGUGUGAAAACGGAGGCACUUGUGUCGGACUCCAGACGUGUUCUUGUCCUUACGGGUUUGUCGGACCUCGAUGUGAGACGAUGGUGUGUAGCCGUCACUGUCACAACGGAGGCCAGUGUGCGUCUCCAGACGAGUGCUUGUGUCUGCCGGGCUGGACCGGACCGUCCUGUGAGACCGCUCUCUGCUCCUCCGUGUGCCUGAAUGGAGGUUCGUGUGUUCGGCAGAAUACCUGCGAGUGUCCUCACGGUUUCUACGGUUCCCAGUGUCAGAACGCUGUUUGCAGUCCUCCCUGUAAGAACGGCGGUCUGUGCAUGAGGAACAACGUCUGCUCGUGUCUGCAGGGAUACACCGGGAGGCGCUGCGAGAAAAGUGUGUGUGAACCCAUGUGUAUGAACGGCGGCAGGUGUGUCGGUCCAGAUGUUUGCGACUGUCCGUCGGGUUGGCGAGGAAAGAGAUGUGACAAACCCAGCUGUCUGCAGAAGUGUCUAAAUGGAGGCGAGUGUGUUGGUUCGAACACCUGCCACUGUGCUCCGGGGUGGCAAGGCAUGUUGUGUCAGAUCCCUCUCUGUGAACAGAAGUGUCUCUACGGCAGCCGAUGUGUCCGACCGAACGUCUGCGCCUGCCGGAACGGAUUCUCAGGUUCUCUUUGCUCCCGAAGGCUUCCCGUCGCUCGAGGCUGAGACGCCACGUUACAACCGACAAACACCAGACGGCUGGAGCUCAGUCAGCAACCAAGAAACCUUCAGGUGAUCCGGAGCCAUCAGCACAGAAAACAAGGGUGUGUUUCAUCUCUGCGCCUCCAGUUCAGAGCCUGACGUAGCAAAAAACAACCGGAAGCUGCAGGAAAAUGUUUUCUAUCGUCCAUCCAACAAAAGCUGCAGCAGCUGUCGCUGGGUAGAGUUGGAGAAAUGCAUGAAUGGAAUGUACGCUAACAGUUUCCCCCUGCUUCCAGUCUUUGUGCUAAGCUAAGCUAACGAUAAAACAUUAUCAAAGAGGAGUACGAAGAUGCAUCGUCUUAUUUUUGACCAAACUUCUCCAUCAGGAUCGUUUCUGAGCAGCUUCCACGUUCAGGCCGGACGGAGUUUCAUCGAAUCCCAAAACCUGCGUACGAGUAUUUAUUUAUUUGGUUGUUUUAUAUUGUCGUAUAUGUUUCUUGCUGUAUAUAUCUUAAUCACCGUGUAAUCGAUGUUAUUUCUUAUUAAAGCUUGUUUAUUGGUUGUUUUGUAAGAAAACUAAUAAAGAUCCGUUUAAGGUGCUGAUGCCUUCAGGUUC